AUGCGAACACAAAGGAUGUUCCUUGGUGCAGCGUGCCUUGCAGCUCUCGCAAUGGCAUUGGUGCAGGCUGAAGAUCCUUCCUGCGACACUCCGGAGGAGACGGUGACGUUGCUGCAGGCCACGCAUCUCCCCCAAGCACGAUCGAAGCGCGAACGUCUUCUGGAAGAUGCAGACGCAGAUGUUCAGGUUGGCAAGCACGAUGGCAUGAAGAACCUUGAGAAUCUGCUGUUCCGCCAGCCGAGUCCCGAGACGGCUGAAGCUACUAAGGAGGCCUUUGAGAAGUACGACAAGAAUGGGGACGGCUUUCUCACACGUGACGAGAUCGCCGGUAUGUUGAAGGAUUUUGGCGGUGGUGGCAGCGAAGCAUCAUUGGAGGAGGCGGCUGACAUCUUCAUUUCGAAGUAUGACACGAAUGGUGAUCACAAGCUGAGCUUCAUGGAGGUCCUGAUGCAUGAGAAGUACUAA